GACUUAACGGACACAUGAUGACUAUUACGCAACUGCUGAAUGUGCAUUGAUAUGUAAUUAUGAAAGGUGCCUAUAAAAGGCUCAUUGCCUUCAUUUUCCGGGUUGUGACUUAGUAUAUUCACUUCGAGAUAAGUUUGCAAUCAUGAAGGUUCUGAUUAUUUUGGCCUUGGCAGUAGCCGCUAAUGGUGCUGCUAUUGUAUAUCAUCCAGGUUGGUUUCCUGCUGCUACAGCAUAUCAAGCAAAAGACGCUCUAGGAAAUUAUGCUUUCGCUCAUCAUGCUGCUUAUCCCGGUGGCCCAUCUUUCCAUAGUGAAGUAGGAGACAUAACUGGCAAAAAAGUCGGUUCUUACACCCUUAAAGAUGUUGAUGGCAAAGUAAAAGUUGUGGACUACGUUGCAGACCAUGAAGGCUUUAAGGCAAAUAUCAAGACAUCAGAAAAAUUGCCAGAAGACCACAAAGAUCCAGCUGGAGUUAAAACUACUGAGCUAGCACACACUCCUGUAGUUUAUGGUCAUCCAUUUCCUUACUAUUACGUUGCUUUGUAGAUGAAUUUUACUAUAGAUCAAUAGAUGCUAUGGAAAUUUUCUUGAAUUGUGUAUAAUAUAAAAUGCAAAAGUUGCUCUUUAAAACAGGUAUAAUAAAUUUUUAAUGCAGCUAUA